UGUGAAAGAGAGAGAGAGAGAGAGAGAGACCAGCUGAGUGGGAAUGUAAGCUCUGUAUCCAGUGCACAGGGUCUGUUCCCCGAAUGGAAUUGUGAAAACAGUUCAUCAGAGGUGCAGCUGCUUCCAGAAAACUUACUCCCUGUGUGCUCUUAUGCUUGUAAUAAAUGAAGUGUCGUCACAGAACGUCACAGUCGAAGCUGCUCAAGGAGACUCUGUGAUCUUACCGUGUUCAUCCAGUCGUUAUGAAAAUGAGGUGUUCUGGCGAUACAGAGAUGCCAAGACUGUGUAUGAAAUCAUCGAGGGUAAAGAGAAUUUUCAUGACCAGGAUGGAGAGUACAGGGGCCGAGUCAAAGGUUUUCCAUCAGAAUUCACAAAUUGUAAUUACUCCAUCAGACUGAGUGACGUGAAACUCAGUGAUACAGGAACUUACAGAUGCACCAUCCCUGACUCCAGAACUGUCCAUGUAGAACUCAAGGUCAAAGAUGAGAGUGACUUAAGCCACAAGACUUCCCCAGAUAACAGCGGCAUCAUGAGAAAAGCAGGCAGUACCUCAUCUUUAGUCGUUUCAGUUCUGCUGUGUAUCUUCGCUUUCUGAAGAAAUAAUUAAAGCUUUUAAAUCUUUUCUUAAGUACAUCUUUGGCAUUCAUUUUAUUAUUAUUAAUCGGAUAGCAGUAUAUAUACAAACUAUGCAAAGUUCUUUUUAUUCGGCAGAUAAAAGAUUGGAGUAAAUUUAGACUAAAGGUUGGAUACCCAAAGAAACAGUAUACAGUACAGUAUAUAGUGACUGUAGAGGAGGCUGCAUUCUUUGCAAAUGUUUAUGUAAACUUUUAGAUUCCAUAUAAAUUCCAGAUGAGCUCUGUUCUUGCCAGCUCUGAUCACUUUCACUAACUGCUUUAGCUGCAACAAUGUUUUCCACAAGGCCAGUUAAUUCUAAACACAGAACAAGUUCUGUCACUUUAUUAAAGAUAUAAAUCUGUUAUAAACAACGCAAUUGCAACAAAGUUAUUAUUGGAUAAAAUUUUCACUUUGGUCUGCUAUGUAUUUCAUUCUACAGUCCAGAAUUAUUGCCGGGAGCAGCCGAAAGACCAACGACAACAAUCCCAAGAUUUCAUUCCGUCACCUUUAGCUUUGAUU